CCAACACUGCUUUUCAGUGGUAACAGAGAUUACCGGUACCGGUAUCGUGCACCAAGCAUUCCCGACCUGUCGUCCUGCUCCAUUCCUUCUGGGAUUCUCUUAUCGUCCAGUGUUCCAUACCCACAUAAGCGUGGGGGAAAAAUCGAGAGAAGAGGAAGAGGGAAGACGGGAGAAAAGGGAAAAAAACAGAAAAAAUAAAAUAAAAAAACAAAAGCAAAAGGGACCGGAAGAGGGAAAAUAAGCCUCCGGAGACCUACAGACUUCUGCUCCCUCGCAAUACCUCUUAAGAGACUCACAAAUCGCACUCCUUCAUCUUCACACUUCGAGUACGGUAUCAACACCACUGCUUUAACUGUUCCCCUGCACCUUCAGCGAGCUUCUUCCCUCCGGUUUUCGAGGUUGUGACCACGUUCGCAAUCUUUGGCGUUGGUGUGUGAAAGGAUCUUCAUCAUCCCGUCUCGGCUCUGAUCUCUCCCUCUCCUUUCCUCUCUAUCACCGAAAAUGGCCAAACCGCGAAGAAACGUCAAAUUCGCCCACCGCUCACAAAUCGGCACAUCCAACGACUCAAGCGCAAGGCGAAGUAGCUUUUCAAGUGAAGACGGUGUUAUCAGUCCCUCACGAUCAGCGCUUCAUGUAGAUGGAACAGACACAGGUGCAAAUAGGUCUCCUGUGAUACAGGAGGAGCCUCCCCCACUUUCAGAGUAUGAGAAGAAGAAGCAAACCUUCAUAACACGGACAAUAUGGACGCUCUUAAUGAUAGCACUUUUUUUCGCCGCCAUGGCCGCGGGCCACAUCUAUCUAGUGAUCCUGGUCACGGCUGUUCAGGUAAUAACAUUCAAGGAAGUCAUCGCUAUCGCAAAUGUCCCUUCUCGUGAGAAGAAACUGCAGUUCACCAAGAGUUUAAAUUGGUACUUCCUGGCUGCCACCAUGUACUUUUUGUAUGGUGAGAGUGUAAUUUACUACUUCAAACAUAUUGUCGUGGUUGAUGCAUUUCUGUUACCCUUUGCAACCCAUCACAGAUUUAUCAGCUUCGUACUCUACAUAAUAGGAUUUGUCUUUUUUGUUGCCUCUCUUAAGAAGGGACACUACAAAUUCCAGUUUACGCAGUUCGCAUGGACCCACAUGGCUCUAUAUCUGGUUGUGGUCCAAGCGCACUUUAUCAUGAACAAUAUUUUCGAGGGAAUGAUUUGGUUCUUCCUCCCAGUGUCCCUAGUAAUCACCAAUGAUAUCUUUGCCUACAUCUGCGGAAUCACAUUUGGGCGCACCCAACUCAUCAAAAUCUCCCCCAAAAAGACGGUGGAGGGCUUUGUCGGUGCCUGGGUUUGUACUAUUUUUUUCGGAUUGGCCAUGACAAACAUCCUGAUGCGAUACAAGUACUUUAUCUGUCCGGUCAAGGAUCUCGGGUCCAAUGCAUUCACCGGACUUGAGUGUGAUCCCAACCCGGUUUUCCUCAAGCAUGAAUACCAGCUUCCGUUUUUCCUGCAACCAAUCCUUGGCACAGCUGUAAAGGUUCAGCCUAUGCAAUUCCAUAUCCUCGUGAUGGCUACUUUUGCUUCAUUGAUCGCACCUUUUGGAGGAUUUUUCGCCAGUGGACUCAAGAGGACCUUUAAAAUUAAAGAUUUCGGAGACCUUGUUCCGGGUCACGGUGGUAUCACUGAUCGAAUGGAUUGUCAGUUCAUCAUGGGCUUCUUCUCUUACAUGUACUACCAAUCCUUCAUCGCUGUAAACCAUCGUGCGAGCGUCGGCGGUAUACUCGAGACUGCAAUCACAAGUCUCUCCCCCGAAGAGCAGCUGGAAGUUGUAGAACGGUUAGGGAGAUACUUGGUGGGCCAGGGAAUCGUUGGCGAUAAGCUUCUCGAGUGCUGGAACAGCGCCGUCAACGGCUAUUAGAUUAGGACAGGAUACGCCAAUUCUUCUUCACUUAUAAUUAAUCAUUAGACGAAAUCAUAGCAAACAAAAAAAGUUAUUGUAUGAUGGGUUUCUUUCUUUCUUUUUUAAUGAAUGGAAACACAAAGCUGGAGGGAAAUGAAAGGAACUGCCAAGGCGAAAUCUCUCGGUCGAGAAUCGAUUAGGAGUAGAAGAGGGCAGACGUAAAUAUCACGAAUUGGUCGGUGUUCAACAUGGAUGGGUAUUGCGGGUUCGUUUUGCGCUGUGUUGCGGGGUGCGUUUUGGAAUCAAUCGAAGAAAAAACAAAUCAGGGUUCAGAGAUCGGCGGGUGAUUGGUCAGGUGUAUCGCUUCGCUUUGUCUUGCUCUGCUUUACUUUGAGGGGUUUGGAGACUGUACAUUAUUUUACUUUCUCUUAUUUCAAGGGGUUUUCUCUCCUCCUUCCCCUUUCUCUCAUUUUCUCUUCUCCUUUCCUCCUGGUAUCGGUUUUUGGGCCUAUUUUCUCACUUCAUAUUCAUUUGUACCCCUCUUGUUUUAUUCUUUUUUUCUGGUACGAUUUCUCUUCACAUUGAUUUUUAGCAGGUGUGUUACCACUCUUACCACUUCUGUCUGCUCUUCCAGUUGUCUGUGUAUCUGGACGCGUUCAACUGGGGGGGAGAUGGGUUUCCACAAGGUGCUUUGUUGGUUUACAGUACGCUGUUAUUCCCUCACUGGGG